UCAUCAAGCAAACUAAUAAACAACAACGAAUCAAACAAAUAGCGAAAUCUCACAGCAAACAAUGACGACAAAAUCCGAGAAAGCCGUCGGAAUCGACCUCGGAACAACAUACAGCUGCGUCGGAGUGUGGAUGAACGACCGCGUCGAGAUCAUCCCCAACGACCAAGGAAACCGCACAACCCCCUCCUACGUCGCCUUCACAGACACCGAACGUUUAAUCGGAGACUCCGCGAAGAAUCAAGUCGCGUUGAACCCUCACAACACCGUCUUCGACGCGAAGCGUCUCAUCGGGAGGAGAUUCUCCGAUCCUUCAGUCCAGAGCGACAUGACUCACUGGCCUUUCAAAGUCGUUGCGGGACCCGGAGACAAGCCGAUGAUAGUCGUCACGUAUAAGAACGAGGAGAAGCAGUUUUCUCCCGAGGAGAUAUCUUCAAUGGUGCUGAUCAAGAUGAGGGAAGUCGCUGAGUCUUUCUUAGGUCACGCGGUUAAAAACGCCGUCGUAACGGUCCCCGCUUAUUUUAACGACUCUCAGAGACAGGCGACGAAGGACGCGGGUUCGAUCUCGGGGCUCAACGUUUUGAGGAUAAUUAACGAGCCAACCGCUGCGGCUAUUGCGUACGGUUUAGAUAAAAAAGGGACGCAAACCGGUGAGAGGAACGUUUUGAUUUUCGAUCUUGGAGGCGGGACGUUUGAUGUUUCUCUGUUAACGAUUGAAGAAGGUGUAUUCGAAGUGAAGGCUACAGCUGGAGAUACUCACCUCGGAGGUGAAGACUUUGACAAUAGGUUAGUUAACCACUUCGUUGCUGAGUUUAAGAGGAAGCACAAGAAGGAUAUAAGCGGGAACGCGAGGGCGUUGAGGAGGUUGAGAACGGCUUGCGAGAGAGCGAAGAGGACGCUUUCGUCGACUGCUCAGACUACCAUAGAGAUUGAUUCCUUGCACGAGGGGGUUGACUUCUACGCGACGAUAUCACGCGCGAGGUUUGAGGAGAUGAACAUGGAUUUGUUCAGGAAGUGUAUGGAUCCUGUUGAGAAAGUUCUAAGGGAUGCAAAGAUUGACAAGAACCGUGUUCAUGAAGUUGUUCUUGUUGGAGGAUCGACUAGGAUUCCGAAGAUUCAGCAGCUUUUGCAAGAUUUUUUUAAUGGGAAGGAGCUUUGUAAGAGUAUUAACCCUGAUGAAGCUGUUGCGUACGGAGCUGCCGUGCAGGCCGCGAUUCUGACCGGUGAAGGGAGCGAUAAGGUGCAAGAUCUGUUACUUCUUGACGUGGCGCCGUUGAGUCUUGGACUUGAGACGGCGGGUGGGGUGAUGACUGUGUUGAUCCCGAGGAACACGACUGUUCCUUGUAAGAAGGAGCAGGUGUUCUCGACUUAUUCGGAUAAUCAGCCUGGUGUUUUGAUUCAAGUGUAUGAAGGGGAGCGUGCGAGGACGAGAGACAACAACCUUCUUGGGACGUUUGAGCUCAAGGGGAUCCCUCCUGCUCCACGUGGAGUUCCUCAGAUCAAUGUGUGUUUUGAUAUAGACGCGAACGGGAUCUUGAACGUGUCGGCGGAGGAUAAAACGGCAGGCGUGAAGAACCAGAUCACGAUCACGAACGAUAAAGGGAGGUUGAGUAAAGAGGAGAUUGAGAAGAUGGUGCAAGACGCGGAGAAGUAUAAGGCGGAGGAUGAGCAGGUGAAGAAGAGGGUCGAGGCUAAGAACUCGUUGGAGAAUUAUGCUUAUAAUAUGAGGAACACUGUUAAGGACGAGAAGCUGGCGCAGAAGCUGGAUCAGGAAGAUAAGCAGAAGAUAGAGAAGGCGAUUGAUGAGACGAUUGAGUGGAUUGAAGGGAACCAGUUGGCGGAAGUUGAUGAGUUUGAGUAUAAGUUGAAGGAGCUAGAGGGGAUAUGUAGUCCGAUUAUCUCGAAGAUGUAUCAGGGAGGUACUAGUGCUGGAGGGGCUAGUGAUGGUAUGGCAGGAGACGGUGGGUCGGGUGGCUCUGGUGGUGGUCAAGGUCCAAAGAUUGAAGAGGUCGAUUAGAGCGGUGGUGUGAAAACAAAAAGUGGCGAGUCUUUGUGUUGUACUUUUGUGUCUGAAGUAUCUAAGAGAGGUGUUUUGAUGUAGUUGUAUACUUUACUCUUAUGUCAGUUUGUAUCAAAGUAAAAUAAAGAACGUGAUCAUCUGCUUUUUUUUACAUAAUAGUUUAAGUACCAAAAUAUGUUUACA